AUGAGUUUCUCGUCGACGAAAAGAGUUCAAGCAGAUUUAAGUGAUUCUGAGCUUAAUCAACAUGAUGUCAAGCGCCAGACUUUGAAUGGGGAUGGCAGUCAAAUGACUUCUGAUAGUGAUGAGGAUGUGUCGUACGUGGAAGAAGUGGACACUCAAGUUCUGGAAGAACCUUACAAUAAUGCCCAGUGGCAAGGCACCAUAUCCAAAGUUGUGGGAUCGGUCGUAUCUAUACAUUUUGCACAAGUUGCGCCAUUCGAUUGUGAUCCCGCCCUGGUCUCGGAGGCCACUGGUUUUGUGGUUGACGCAGAAUUGGGUAUCAUUCUCACAAACAGACAUGUCGUUGGAGCGGGCCCUUUUGUAGGAUACGCCGUUUUUGACAAUCACGAAGAGUGUGAUGUGACACCAAUAUACCGUGAUCCAGUUCAUGAUUUUGGAUUCUUAAAAUUCAAUCCGAAAAGUAUCAAAUAUAUGAAGGUACAAGCCUUGGAACUUAAGCCAUCCCUCGCUAAAGUUGGAUCUGAGAUUAGAGUCAUUGGUAAUGAUGCUGGUGAAAAACUGAGUAUUUUGGCCGGCUUCAUCAGCAGAAUUGAUAGAAAUGCUCCGGACUAUGGAGAGUUGACCUACAAUGACUUCAAUACGGAAUAUAUUCAGGCCGCUGCGUCCGCGUCCGGAGGAUCAUCUGGGUCUCCUGUUGUCAAUAUAGACGGACAUGCAGUCGCCUUGCAAGCUGGUGGCUCCACCGAAGCGUCAACUGACUUUUUCUUACCAGUGAACCGUAUCUUAAGAGCUUUGAAUUGCAUUAGGGAAGAGAAGCCAGUCACAAGAGGUACAAUCCAAACGCAAUGGAUUUUGAGGCCUUACGAUGAGUGUAGGAGGUUGGGACUAACUACUGACCGCGAACAAGCGGCGCGUAAACAGUUUCCUGAUAGAAUUGGAUUAUUGGUUGCCGAGACGGUCUUGAGAGAGGGGCCUGGUGAUACUAAGAUCAAAGAGGGUGACACGCUGAUAUCAGUUAACGGCGAGCUGAUAGCUUCGUUUAUGCAAGUCGACCACAUACUGGAUACAAACGUGGGCAACAGCAUAGAGUUGUUGAUCCAACGGGGCGGCAAAGACAUAGUUGUUAAUUGUGACGUUGGUGAUCUUCAUGCUAUAACCCCAUCUUCAUACCUAGAAGUCUGUGGUGCGACUUUUAAUGAAUUGUCUUAUCAGAUGGCUAGGUUCUAUGCCAUUCCGGUCAGAGGUGUGUUUCUAAGUAGUGCCUCAGGCUCCUUCAACUUCGACUCUAAGGAAAAAUUAGGCUGGAUUGUGGAUGCAAUUGACAAUCAAGAGACUCCUAAUUUGAAUACUUUCAUUGAGGUCAUGAAACAUGUGGAGGACAAAAAACGUGUUACUGUGAGAUACCACCAUUUAACAGACCAGCAUUCCCCAAAUGUGGCUAGUAUUUACAUCGAUCGCCAUUGGUGCAGCGAGUUUCGCCUCUAUCAAAGAAAUGACAAAACAGGCAUCUGGGACUACAAAAAUUUGGCAGACCCAUUACCAGCUUUGCCUGUCGUUCCACGCGAAGCUAAAUUCAUUGACCUGUCAAUCGAAAAUAGACAGUUGGCCAAACUUUCUAGAAGCCUUGUCACGGUGACCACCACUUCUCCCAUUCCGCUAGAUUCAAUGGCAGCCGAACCCCGUAAAGCUUCUGGUCUCGUUAUCGAUGCCCAGCAGGGUUACGUGAUAGUAUCUCGCCGUGUCAUUCCUCAUGACUGUCUCGAUGUUUUCGUUACUGUAGCUGACUCCGUGAUUCUACCUGCUGAAGUUACAUUUUUACAUCCUGCUCACAAUUAUGCUGUUAUCAAAUACGAUCCAUCCUUGGUCAAAGCACCUGUGGAAACUCCUAAUAUGAGCUUCAAAAGAAUGAAACGUGGUGAUAAAGCACACUUCAUUGGCUACACGCAUAACAACAAGCUUGUAUCUUCGGAUACAACUGUAACAGAUAUCUCUUCUUUGAGUAUUCCUAGCAACUUGAUCCCCAGGUACAGAGCAACAAACCUUGAAGCUAUCGGAAUUGAUUGUAAUGUCAGUUCGAGAUGUAACUCAGGUAUCAUUGCUGAUGAUGAUGGAACGGUCAGGGCACUCUGGCUGUCGUUCCUUGGAGAGAUCCAAGACGGCAAAGAAAAAGUAUACUUGCUUGGGCUGGAUAUGAGUGACCUCAAACCUGUCAUUGACCUCUUGAAAGAGGGCAAGCGGCCAAGAAUCAAUAUUGUCGACGCAGGCUUCGGCUCGAUAUCCAUCGCCCAGGCCAGGAUUCGUUCUACGCCAGAAGAAUGGAUCUCGAGAAUGGAAAAAGAAUCUGAGAACAGACUACAAUUCAUGCAUGUUACUCGCGUGUCUUUCACCCAGGAGAAAGAAAAGCUCCUCCCUGGUGAUGUUAUUCUUAGUGCAGAGGGGAAACUAGUCAAAGAAAUGAGAGAUCUGGAUGGUAUUGUUACUUCUGGAGGUGGUCCCGAUGACAAACAAGUUCUCAAUUUCAAGGUUGUGAGAAACGGUAAGAUCGUUGAUUUAUUGGUCAACACAAUCGAAGUUAGUGAAACUUCCCACUUUGCUGUUUUUGCUGGCUGCAUCGUGCAACCCCCUCACCAUGCUGUCCUACAGGCCAUGUCUAGCAUACCUAGUAGCGUGUACUGUACCUUUCGUGGUCAAUCGUCACCUGCCAUGCAAUAUGGAAUCGCUGCAACUAAUUUCAUCACACAUGUCAAUGAAAUCGAGACCCCAGAUCUAGAUACUUUCGUGGAGGUGGUUAAGGCUAUACCUGACAACACCUAUUGCAAAAUCAGACUCGUGACUUUUGACAACGUACCUUUUGCCAUUUCCCUGAAGACCAAUUACCAUUACUUCCCAACCGCAGAACUCAAAAAAGACCCUGGCAAUGGGAAAUGGAUUGAGAAUGAGCUUAACAAAACUGAUGAGAAACUCGAAUGA